AUUCAAGUAACGAAUUUAGCAUUGAUUCACCUAUUUAUAAAAAGCGAAUAAAUUUUGAUCAAACGCCAACUCAACCAAUGCCUCAUAAUUUGAAAGAUCAAGAAAUUGUCAAAAAUAUUCUUCGAGGAAUGACAAAUAUGAAGUAUGAAAUUAGGGAAAAUACCAAAAAACUCGACAGGAUUGAAAAUAUGUUAAAUGAUAUCAUAAAAAAGUCAAAUUAUCAUUUAUCAUCAACAUCGCAGACCAAUAAUGACUAUUUAAAUGAAAAUACCUAUUUUAAUCAAUUUCCGUUGACAAAUAUAGACGAGUUAACUAUACUCGAGGACAAAUUAAAGGAUAAUGACUUCCGACUAAAAUUGCAAACAUAUUUAGCAAGACUGGAACGACCUUCGGUGUCUGAUAUGACUCGUCAGAUAAUGGCAAAAAUGUUCCACAACAACCUUUUGGCCCAAUUUUCUUACGCUGGCCAAAAACAGAAAAAGAUAUUUUCCAUACUAAAUUCUUGUUCCAUAAUUUUUGAUAGUGUACGAAGUGUUCAAGCAUACAGAAAUUGUACCGACAUGGAAAUUUUGAAGCCGAUGAAAUUUUUUAUGGCAAAUGCCAAAUUUAGAGAAGAAAAAAAAAAAUCAAAACAAAGUUCAUCCAAUUAAAUUUAUAUAUCAAU